CCGAGUCACCCCAAAAUUAGAAAAAAAUAUAACAAGUGAAAUCUCACAGAACAUGUGGGAAUCUUUUUAGUAAUUAAACACUGGGUAGUGUACCGUACUAUGGGAGUUGUUGCUUCAGCUUUCAAUUUCUAUUAAUGCCGCUAAUCAAUUACUGUAAUGGUAUGAUUCCUUUACUUGCUAUUUACUUAUAAUUGUGUAAGGCAACACAACAAUCAAAUCAAAUGGGAUCGAAGAUCUCAUUCGCCGGAAUAUUCGUUAUUAGUGCUACCGCUGCUUGUUUUGCCGAGUUGUGUACAUUACCUUUAGACACGGCUAAAGUACGACUACAGCUGCAAAAGAGAGGAUCAGGAGAAGGUGGUGUAUCCAAGUACAGGGGAUUAUUAGGUACAGUUGUUACAAUUGCUAAGGAAGAAGGUUUAUUAGCUCUUUGGAAAGGCAUUAUACCUGGCUUACAUCGCCAAUGUAUUUAUGGUGGCCUAAGGAUUGGCUUAUAUGAACCCGUCAAGGCAUUCGUUGUAGGCAGCCAUUAUGUUGGAGAUAUUUCCUUAUUCAGUAAAGUUUUUGCUGCUCUUGUUACUGGUGCAGUAGCAAUUGCUGUGGCUAAUCCCACUGAUCUUGUAAAAGUUCGACUCCAGGCUGAAGGUAAAGCUGGUACAUCUAGGCGUUAUGAUGGUGCUCUCGAUGCAUACUAUACCAUAGUGAAACAGGAAGGGCUGGCGGCUUUGUGGACAGGAAUUGUGCCAAAUAUUGCACGGAAUGCUAUUAUUAAUGCUGCUGAACUGGCCAGUUAUGAUCAUCUCAAAGAGAUAAUCGUAAAACUUCCAGGAUUUACAGAUAGUGUUUUAACUCAUCUCCUAGCUGGUUUAGGUGCUGGAUUCUUUGCAGUUUCUAUUGGUUCACCAGUUGAUGUGGUCAAAUCAAGAAUGAUGGGAGAUUCAGUAUACAAGAACACCUUUGAUUGUUUUUUCAGAACAUUGAAGUACGAGGGACCACUUGCUUUUUAUAAGGGUUUCCUCCCCAAUUUUUUUCGACUAGGAUCGUGGAAUGUUAUCAUGUUUUUGACUCUUGAGCAAUAGAAGAUCCUCUAAUUUCUAUAAGAAGUGAUUAUUGUGUUUGCAAGACGAAAGCCUCUCUUAUCAAACAAAAAAAGGAAAGCCUCUCUUCAUUUUCUCUUACAAACAAAUGAACGAGGUUUGGUCAAAUUACUCUGUGAACUAACUAUAUCAUUUUUUCAAACUAGAGCUAGGUCUAAUUAGUUUUCUUUACGCUGAUGACCUAAGUGCUCUAAGGCUGGGAUUACUUUGUUGCUCUCAUCUAACCUAUCAACAAAAUAGCAAGUUGAUGAAAAUCUUGUACUACACUCUACUGACCAUACUAUGAGCCUGUUUGGAUGGGCUUAUGCCUAUAAGCUGUUUGCAGCUUAUAAGCUAAAAAAAAUAAGUUGGGGUAGUCUAACUUAUUUUUUUUGGCUUAUAAGCUGUUUUCAGCUUAAGCUGCUUUAGAUAAGCUAAGUCAAAUGGGCCCAAUUAUUUUUUUGAGCUUAUUUUAAGCACAAAAUGACUUUAAGCUGCCAGCCAAACACUCAAAAAAGCUGAAAACAGCUUAUAAGCUAACUUAUAAGCCAAUCCAAACGGGCUCUAUUUCUUACCUUACCUUUUCUGUAAUGUUUCUG